GCCUGUUUGGCUCAAGGGGCGCGCACGCGUACGCCCGCGCGAUGCGUGACAUCAGCUCUCUUGCAACAGCGACCGAAGUGCCGAAGCGCCCAUCCCCAGGAAGACAGACUUGUCACCUGGAGCGUGAAAGUGACAUCGUCAGGAGUACAAACGGAACUCACGUUCCCUUCCCCGGCAGCCUGCAACCACGAGCGGAGGAGGGCGCUGGGGCCGCGGCAGUGGCAAGGGCGAGCGCCCAGCCGAGCGCCAGCCCGACGGCAAGGGCAACGGUGCAGCGGCUUGGGGCUCCAAGGGCAAGGGCGGGCGGCUCGACCAGCCAGCACCGCCUCCGCCCUGGAGCACAGCGCCCCCCCCCCUCGCGGAGGACGGCACAGCUCAAGAUAUGGUACCGUGCGUGGUGCGGAAGCAAGAAGAGCUUGGGCGCAUGGAGUGCUUGCAAACAUGGUGGUGCAUGGAAGACGGUUGCCCUUGCACCAGAUGUUGACACGUCGUUUGCAUGCAACACUCGGCAUUACUCCCGUCUUCCUGCUCCUCGUGGCGUUGCUGGGCCUCCAGGCACAAACAGUGGCGAACAUGACAGAGAUCAGAGUAAGAUGGAGAUGCAGAACUUCAUCACGCUCUCUGAGACGGCUGUAAACUCGACAAUUGACACACGAUACUGCAAGAAGCUCGAUGCCGUGUGCCACACCAGUGAAACCAGUCUUCUAGUCCAGGUCACCACUCAAAGCGCGAAGGUUACAAAACUGGAGGCAUCCUUGCAGAUUCAACUUGGCAAGUUGGACUCGCAUUCUAAAUCGUAUGCGCAAGGACCGAAGGUCGUGCAGGAGCUCUACGGGCGCCUCGCCACGGCCGGCAAGCAGCACCAAUACUUGGUCUCCCAGUUGCCUGGCAUGGCAGAGUCUGCUGCCGACAGCGCCCCCCCGCGGCUGUGCAUCAAAGACGUGGUGGAGGCAAGAGCGACCUCAUUUCUUUCAUUGACGUUGACAUUUUUUUACCUAGCAGCGAAGACUGGUCGGUUUCUAGUGGUCUCAAAAGAGAGCAGCAUGACUCCCCAGGGGGGUCUGGGCAGCUGCCGGACGGGUGCCGCAGGAAUCCGGGGAGGGAAUGCUUCCAGAUAUGCUUAUACACGUCGCUGUUCGGUUGCGUUGCCGGGAUACUUUCAGCAUUGAUGAUUACGUAGUUUCGGCAUACUACAAGACAUCAUCCAGGUCAGGACAUAUGAAUUGUGCACUCGCAGCGCCCAAGGCUGCGUUCGCCGCAUCGGCAGCAACCCCGACCAGGGCGCCUUCGGCCCCUGCAGCUGGCGGCGUUGGUGUGUCUGGCGCUCGUGAACGGGCUCGUGCGCGCGCAAAAGGUGGCCAACCAGGUGAACGCACGCGUCAGCACCCCCUCGCUGUCGCCCCGAGGCAAGCGCUAGAGCGCUGGCGGUGACGGGGAAGGCCCCACUUAUGUUUCAUCCUCGCCUCACGGCAAGCUCCGUUCCCCAGGAAGCCAGCAGCAGGCUGGAUCUGCCUCCGUUGUUCGGUUGGGCACUUGGGCGAAGGCGGGGGCCCCGCCCCGUCGCUUUUCGCGCGGCAAUGCCACCCGACCGCUCUUUAUCUUUCCAGAAAAGCCGUUGUGAUCCUGGAGUUGCCUAUCCGGACCUCGUCGCCGAAACAGUCGACAGCGCGACGUGGCCCCCCCUGAGAAAGCCGGCUCUCUCCCACAGUCAGGCUGAUAUUAUCUUAUUUCAGGAUCCCCAUUUGCGAGCUGGUGCGGGGUGCGAUCAGGCUUCUUCUUGGGCGCAGGGUCGCGGCUGGAAUGCUCUUCUUGCCUCCGCCACCCCCGCCGCCACUGGGGAGGCCUCUGGCGGCGCCAGUAUCCUGGCUAGGAACUCCGAGCGCCCCAAGGUGGCCCCAUUAUUUUUCCGCCCCGUGUCGCAUGUGUAAUAGUUAGCGGCCCAGGGGGUGGGGGUCUCUCCCGGCGCUCGGUCUAUUUGAAACAUUCUCAGCGCCUGGCCGACUCUAACCGCGAGUUGGUCUCUCACGCGGCGACCGCGAUUUGAGGCGUGGGUUGGGCCGAUCAUCCCAGGCGGACAUUGCAAUUUUAGUCCGCAGCUCUUGGCCAGCACCACUUUUGCCGAAAAGGAUCCGAGGCGCCGUAUCUCCUGAUGGGGUUGCCGCAGGCGCGCGCUCGACUGGCGGAGGGACCAAAACACUCGACAACAUCUUCAUGUCUCAUGGUCUUGCGUAGGACAUGAACAAGGCGAACCUCGCCCAAGAUGCCAACCAUCUCACCGACGCUCCUGUGCAACGCGGGCGAAGGCGUUCUCUUCUAGUCACUGCCGCGCGUUCCCCGCGCCAGCCAUGCCAGGUUGUCGACCCGCGCGCCAACUUUGGGAUCGCUUUGGUCGCCGCGAAGGCGCGAUCGCAGCAGAAGAGCCCCCAGGGUUGGAAAUCGCGGCUCCUGCGUCGCGUGGAGGAAGGGGCCGGGCAGGCCCACGAGGCCAUCCGCGGCUGUGCUCCCUGGGCCCCAACCUCGAACUUCAACGACGCGGGCAAACUAGAUGCCGCACUUCUUGGUUUGCAUAAGUCUGUCACAUUCAAUGGAACAUGCUUUCGCGCGCCGGUUUGUUUUCCCCGAAGCCCCGCCUCUAUUGAUGGGUUUCGCGUGGCAGUGCGCACUCAUGUCCGAUGAUGCCCUCGCGGUUCUGGCACCACUUUGCGUUGCCAUGGAGAUGGGCAGCAUUGCGCCCGCGCGCGCCGGCCCCGUGCUCCUCUCGCCCCCUGCUGAAGCAAUUAGAAGCUAUCGGCCCAUCGGACUUUUUAGUUCUGCGCAUGGGAUAUGGGG